AUGGCUUCAGAGGGCAAAACCCAAGAAGAGCUUCACGUUCUUCUAGUGGCUUUUUCAGCCCAAGGUCACAUCAACCCUUUGCUCAGGCUAGGCAAAACCCUACUAACCAGAGGCCUCCACGUCACCCUAGCCACCACCGAAUUAGUUUACCACCGCGUAUUCAAAUCCUCCGCCGCAGACGCCGACACUGCCACCAUCCCUGCUUCUGUCACCACCAAUGGAAUCCAAGUCAUUUUCUUCGCGGACGGCUUUGGAAACGGCAAAAACAAGGUCACCCCCGACUCAUACAUGGAACUUGUAGGAAAAUUCGGACCCAUUAACCUUUCCAACGUCAUAAAAGAUCACUUCCUUGACACUUCCAAAAGACUAGCUUGCAUCAUCAACAACCCCUUUGUCCCAUGGGUUGCAGAUGUAGCUGCCAACUACAACAUCCCUUGUGCAUGUCUCUGGAUCCAACCCUGCGCUCUCUACGCCAUAUACUACCGUUUCUACAACAACUUAAACCAAUUCCCCACUCUCGAAGAACCUUCCAUAAGUGUCAAGUUACCCGGUCUUCCAUCACUACAACCCCAAGACCUUCCUUCUUUUGUUCUCCCAUCAAACCCUUUUGGAAGUAUGUCCAAGGUGUUGGCCCAGAUGUUCCAACACAUGAAAAAACUGAAGUGGAUACUCGCAAACUCCUUCGACGAGUUGGAGAAAGAGGUAAUGGAUUCCAUGGCUCAGUUAUGCCCUAUAACAACGGUGGGUCCACUAGUCCCUCCCUCGUUACUUGGACAAGACGAAAACGAAGACGUGGGAAUCGAAAUGUGGAAGCCACAGGAUUCGUGCAUGGAGUGGCUCAACCACCAACCUCCUUCUUCGGUUAUAUACGUCUCGUUUGGGAGCAUCAUUGUGUUAACCGCCAAGCAAUUGGAGAGCUUAGCGAAGGCUUUGAAGAACAGUAAAAAAGCUUUUCUUUGGGUGAUUAAGAAUAAAGAAGAAGAAGAAGCGGUCCCUCUGCCAGAAGGGUUUGUUGAAGAGAGCAAAGAACAAGGCAUGGUGGUGCCGUGGUGCCCGCAAACGAAGGUGCUGAGUCACCCUGCUAUUGCAUGUUUCCUAACGCACUGUGGGUGGAACUCGAUGUUGGAAGCCAUAACGGCGGGCACGCCCAUGAUUGCUUGGCCUCAGUGGACCGACCAACCCACAAACGCCAAACUGAUUUCCCAUGUGUUUCGUUUGGGGGUUCGGCUCACGCAAGGGAGUGAUGGGUUUGUGGCCACGGAGGAAGUGGAACGGGCCAUUGAACUGGUUUUUGCAGCUGAGGAGUUCAAGAGGAACGCAUCGGAGCUGAAACGAGCCGCGAGAGAGGCGGUGGCUCAAGGUGGCUCGUCGGACCGAAAUAUCCAAUCGUUCGUGGAUGAAAUUAUUGGUGGGAAAAGAACAUCAUGA